GUGUGCGCGUGCGUGUGUGUGUGUGUGCAGGCAGGGGUCCUCUCCAGUCGCUGCUGGCUGCAGGAGGAGGCGGCGGUCGCGUUAUUGAGCGGGGGCCCGGGCGGUGGAAGUUGCGCUGCAGGGGAGGGACUCCGUGUCUGCAGCCUCGACUCACACAGAAAUGCCUCUCGCAGCAGCUUUCCAGAGUCCAGCGAGCAGCAGCAGCAGCAGCAGCAGCAGCAGAAACACACGGACCCCUCGCUCCUCCUCCUCCUCUUAACCCCUCUGCUCCUCUCCCUCUCCCUCUCCCGGCUGCUCCACGUCUGAGAGGGCCCGCGGACGCGCCGAAAACGGGAGGAGAGCGAACGCGGAGUCCUCCUCCGCUCCUCCGCUCCCGGGACACGCAGACCGGCCCGGCACCGGUGUCAUUGGAUGGAGAGAGGCGCCUGAAGAAGGGAGAGCGGUGGAGUUGGUCGACCCCCCACCCCUCCUCCUCCUCCUCCUCCUCCGCCUCCUCCCUCCCCACUGCACCAAAAGAAAAACUCCGGGCUGGCUGCAGCACCAUGUCCUCGGCUCAGAGUGGGGAUGUCUCAGGCUACCAUCUGAGCGUGGUGCGUAACCCGCCCGGCUGGGAGGUGGGCAUCUACCUGGUGGGCUUCCUCGUGCUACUGGGUGUGGCCGGGCUCAACAUCUGGAAGCUGUGGAAGUCCGGCACCUUCCCCACGCCGUCGCCCUUCCCCAACUUUGACUAUCGAUACCUGCAGGAGAAGUAUGGAACUUCCUUCUCAGAAGUCAGACAAAAGAGAGUGGCAGCCAACAACCACCGGCGGACCUCCACCGCGUCCAGCCGCAAACCCAGCCUGGCCCUCGGCGACACCCCGGACGGCUUCAGGGACCUGGGCCACCUGGAGCUGAUGAGCAGGGAGCUGGACCCGACGGGCAUGGCCCAGCUCAACCGCUCCAUCUCCACCGACUCGCUCAGCUCCAUCUCCUCCGUCGCCAACAACUUCGGCCACGACUUCACCGUCGGCCAGCUGGAGGUGACGCUGGAGUUCGAGCCGCCCCGGCAGCCGGGCCACAGGGGGGGGGUGUUCCACAUCACCCUGCACCAGGGCAAAGACCUGCUGGAGAGGGAGGAGGGAGACUUCCCCGGCUGCUUCAUCCGAGUCUCCCUGGGGCCGGAGGAGAUAAACGUCGGAGUCACGCGGGUCCAGACGAAUGCAUUCACGGUGAUCUUCGACGAGCGCUUCUCCGUUCCCAUGGACUGUUCCUCUUUGGACGAGUACAGCCUGCGCUGCGCCGCUUUUGGUAUCGACGCCGACGAGAGGAACAUCAGCGCGGGAGUGGCAGAUCUCAAGCUGUCGGACCUGGACCUGACCAUCAGGCCUUUCAACGCGUGGCUCUACCUUCAGGAUGUCAAUAAGGCCGUUGAUGCGGUCGGUGAGAUCCUCUUGUCUCUCAGCUACCUGCCGACAGCGGAGCGCCUCACCGUGGUUGUGGCCAAGUGCAAGAACCUCGUGUGGACCAACGGCAAGAACACCGCAGAUCCAUUCGUCAAAGUUUAUCUCCUGCAAGACGGCAGGAAGAUCAGCAAGAAGAAGACGUCCACCAAACGGGACGACACGAACCCCAUCUUCAAUGAAGCCAUGAUCUUCUCUGUGCCGUCCAUCGUCGUGCAGGAGCUCUCCCUGAGGGUGACGGUGGCAGAGGCCACGGACGACGGCCGCGGCGAGAACCUGGGUCACGUGAUCAUCGGCCCCGAGGCCAGCGGGAUGGGGAUCACCCACUGGAACCAGAUGCUGGCCACUCUGAGGAAGCCCGUGUCCAUGUGGCACCCGCUGCGCAGGAUCUAGUCCGGUCUGCUCCUCGUACAUACCAGACCGGUUUCAAGUGAAACACUCGCUUCUUCAUUUUCCUCUCAGCCCCUCCUCUUGUUCGGUACCAUGCUCGAAUCUGUUACAGUGUUUUAGAGAGAUGAAAGUUCACACUGUAGUGCUAGUGUGAACAACUUCAUGUUCAUGUCAGUGGGAGGAAACUGAAAGGCAAGUGUUUGACCUUAAACCGGGCGUAUCGAGGGGCGUAUGGGUCAAUCAUACAUUUAAAUCCUCUCUUUAUCACGUGGCUUCAGCUGCACUCUGAGCUGAGGGUGCGAUUAGGAUGGAGCAGUCCCCAGAAUACGCAAAGGUAACAAGGCAAUCAGAGGUGGCAGAUAAUAGACUUCACCCCCUUACAUGUAAUGUCGCGGGUGGAAUUUUUGCCAUUUUCACCUCUUAGAAAAAUUCCGUCAAAUUCUGUAAUCAAUUUCCCAAGUUAUGGUAAUUCAAUAUAUGAAAACUGGGAGUGUGACCUUGACCUUUGACUUUUAAAGGGGCAAAUGUGGUAUAUGACCUUAGAAUUUGCUCUAGUUUUCGUGUGUGUGUGUCGAUGGAUCACCUGUAAAUGCACUUUUGAUGGAAUGGUCAAAUGUGAUGAAAAUCAGUGACAUUUGAAAUCAUUUUCCUGCAAGAAGACGACGUCAUGGGUCACAUCAGGGGAUCCCAGUUUCCUUCGCAUAAACUCUUGAGCGGAAAAGUCAGUUUGGACUUUGAAGUGAGUUUUGAUUUAGGAAAGGUGACCGCCACCACCUCCCAACCUCCUCCUUUCUGCAUGGUGCCUACUCUGGUUGUAGCCUAUUAUAGUUGUCUAGAGAAUGAAUGGCUGGACAGAGGAGGUGAGAUCGCCGCUCUUUCAGGAAAACUCUCAUUCGUCGUCUCAAGUCUGUCACCAGUUGGUUCUCCCUGAUUGAGCCGAGUUGAGUUAGCUCUACAGGACGUGGUCGUGUCAUCUGUUCACAGUGGGACUGACAAGAAGUAGAGGUUUUGUUAUGUUCAGUAAUUAUUGUGCUUUUGAAAAAAAAACAAAAAAAAUCCAGGUACUCUAAUCCAGGUGAAAUAAUUGUAAUUUGUAGCAGUUGUUACAGGGUGGCCACUUCAGAUGUACUCAGCAUAUAAAUGUCACGUCACUUUGUUCUAUUUUUAACCGCACUUAAUGCAAUACGAGUUGCAUAAGCAUAUUUAACAGUGUAAAUAGUACAACAGUCUUCUCAUUGCCAUUCUGGGUGCAAAUUGUGUUUAUGCAUAGGAUCGCACUUCAAUAGACUUCAAAGUUCAUGUACACAACACUAUACUUAAACACCAACAUUCAUUGCUGAUCAAUGAAUUAUUAUCAACACACCUCUGGGAAUUUAACUUGUGAUGUAAAGUAUACUAACAAUUUCAAACGGGUUUAUUUUCUGUUUGAGGAAACACCUUGAUAUUCUGAGUUAACUCAUCGUUCUUUUUCACUAGGCCCUCGUCACACGCAUUUUAGCUUUUGUCGCGAGGCCACCUGCAAACAUGCAUCGAGUUGUGAGGGCGUUCCCAGUUGAAACUGGAACUGGAGCAACUUUGCAGCUUUCAGUUUAAAUGGUAAUAUUGCUGAAAAGUUUUUUGGCUUUUUCUUUGGUUAAAUUGAAGAUAAUGUGACAAGAGUCUUGUAAAAGUCAGAAUGUCAAGGUGGAUUUUGACCUGUCUGAGAUAUUCUCUAAAACAUUGUGCAAUAGUGCUGUUUUCGUUGUAACUUUUGAAUGUGAACUAUCAUGUGAAAUAUCUGCUAACACUUAGGGUAUCAUCAUAUCUUAUCUAAUGCAUUGUUGUGAUUUUUCAAUUUCUUUCCAGCAGGACCCACUUGACAUUUUUGGUCAAGUUCUGACCACAUUCAUCAGCUCACUUUGAAAACCCGUCCAAAAAUAAUACACAUCUGGUCAUGUAACAGACAAUAUUUCCUACUGUGCCAAAUAAUGAAGCAAUAUUUUCAUUUACGAUCAGCAUUUGCAUUCAAUUCAACAAAGCUGUAGCCUACAUCCAACCAUGCAUGAAGUUAUUUAGCACUUGAUGUGAAUGUGCCUCAAGAAUACAGUGUAUUGUGUGAAUGCUGUUUGAAAUAAAAGCAAUUCAGCAGUAA